UCUACAGUCAAUUUUCAAUAAUUUAUACAUAACAAUUAUUUUCAAAAAUUAAUUUUUGCAACCUGCUUUUUAUAUUAGAAAUAUCUUUUUGUUCCGGUUUUAUUCUCAAGUACUUUUUUAUCUAACCAUUGUUCGGAACAUAUGUUAAUCAAACAGACUAAAGUAUUAAUAUAACUCACGAUAACAAUUACUGAUGCAAUAUGUAUUAUCACAAUAAUAUCGAGAGGCGCUUCUCCCUCCCACCUUCAUUCUAUUCACGAUAAUAUCCGCACAACACGUACGAGUAUGUAUGUACUCUCAUAACGUUUUACGUCACAUUCGACGAAGCAUCUCGUUUGUUCACCGCCACGAUGGAUUCGUCGUUGCUUUUAUCGCCAUUUACACUACUAUUGAUUACUCUGAUCGUCAUCGGUAUCCUGAAAGUUGCUGCUGUACUGUAUCAUAUGUACUUUUUCUGGAAAAAUAAGGGCGUGCCAUAUUUGCCAGAUUCGCUAUCGUCUCUUAGAACGAUUUUAAAAUUGUUUACGGGUCGCAUCAGUUUUACCGAUUAUUGCCAAUACAUAUACAAUUAUGUUCCGAACGCCAAAUAUGUUGGACUGAUGGAUUUUUCCUCACCUGUCGUGCUAUUACGUGAUCCUGAACUGAUCAAAGAUAUUACAGUGAAGGAUUUUGAUCAUUUCCCGGAUCACCGCACUUCCAUUGAUGAAGAUUUGGAACCAUUACUCACCAAAAACAUCACCGCCUUGCGCGGUGAUCGUUGGAGAGAAAUGAGAAAUACAUUGAGCCCGUCUUUCACCGCCAGCAAGAUGAAGUUUAUGUUUGAUCUCAUAUCGAAAUGCUCUAAAAACUUUGUUGAGUAUUUGGCAGACCAUCCGGAAAUCUGUGAUGCGAUCGAGACAAAGGAGGUCUUUAGGCGAUACACCAACGACGUAAUCGCUACCGCAGCCUUUGGCAUAAGCGUAAACUCUAUGAAGGAUCGAGAUAACGAAUUUUAUAUGAGAGGCGUGGAGACUACCAAAUUUUCUAAUGGCCCUGUAAUAAUGGCCAAGAUGUUAUUCAUGCGUGCGUGUCCAAAACUCGCCAAAUGGAUAGGUCUGACAUUUUUUCCAUCGGCUACAUCGAAGUUUUUUAAAACUGUCGUGGGAGAAACCAUCAAAGCGCGAGAAGAGCAAGGUAUCGUUCGACCAGAUAUGAUUCAUUUGCUUAUGCAGGCACGAGACAAGAACGACGCCAGUGUACACAAGAUGACUCUAGACGACAUCGUCUCGCAGGCUUUUGUCUUUUUCUUCGCUGGUUUUGAUACAACCUCGACACUGAUGUGUUUUGUCGUUCAUGAACUGGCAGUUAAUCAAGAUAUUCAGAAUCGUUUGCGCCAGGAGGUGCAACAAUAUCUCGCCGAAGGGAACGGUGAGAUCUCCUACGACUUGCUAUCAAAGAUGUCUUACAUGGACAUGGUGAUAUCUGAGACUCUCAGAAAAUAUCCACCGGCCAUCCUCAUCGACAGACUUUGCACAAAGAAAUACGAAUUACCACCGUCACAGCCAGGUUGCAAAAAUGUUAUCAUCGAGCCUAACAAUCUACUGAUGUUUCCCGUUUACGGUUUACAUCGCGAUCCGCAGUACUUUCCGAAUCCCGACAAGUUUGAUCCCGAGAGGUUCAGCGAAGAGAACAAAGACAACAUUGUACCGUACAGUUAUCUACCAUUCGGUCAUGGACCUAGAAAAUGUAUCGGUAAUCGAUUUGCUUUAAUGGAGACGAAGAUUCUGAUAGCUCAUCUUUUGCAAACAUUUACUCUAAAAACUACGGAAAAAACCGUUGAACCGGUUGUAUUUGACAAAAAGGCGUUUUCGUUGCAACCCGUUGGCGGAUUUUGGAUUAGUUUGGAAAAGAGAGAAACGUGAAAAUAUUCUAGAAAAAUAUUGGAAAAAUAUUGUCACUUUUUUCACCUUCUAGAGAUAUUCAAUGUAAUAGAUUUAUAAUAAACAAUUGUAGUGUACAAUAAGGUUUAUUUGCGAUGCAUAAUGUCAUUAUGCGAGGCAAAUACUCGAGCUGAAUGGUUAAGUUUUUAUUAGUAAGACAUAAAAAGAUAUUAUGAUAUAACAAACAUCAUGACUUGCGUAGUUUUUCUAGGUCUACUCAACGGUGUUGAUCGUUUUUAAUGACUUAUAUAACUUAUAAUUAUAUAUAAGUAGAAAGUAGAGUGAGUGAGGAAUGCAUUUUUUAUUUCUGUUAACAGCUUUGAUAUUGAUACAUAUUUUUUUCAUGCGUAAGAAAUUUGAUGUAAUUUAUUUCGAAAUUUAGUUCUCUUCCGUCGCCGAAAAGUUUCUCACCCACCCAAAAAUGACCGCGACUCAUCAAUAAUAUGCAAUCCAUACUUUGUAUAUUCUUUUUCUGUACCAUUGCAUAUCUCAUGAGCAUUUAUAUUUUUUCAAAAAAUAUGUUUAAAAAAUAUUUUUUAUUAAUAAAAUUUUUUAUAUUUUAAUCCAAACAGA